UCAAAUUAUUAUUAUUAAAAUAGACAGCUAGUCUUUGUGGUACAAGAAUGGAUGUGGUUACCUUCGGCAUCAUAGUGGCAGUAAUCGUAAUUUUCUUAGUCAUUGUUUGUUUCAUCACCAUUGAAGGCACCUGCAAGCGCCCUUCUCACUCCUAGUCUUACUCUUGUACAUUCGUACUGUUUCUUAUCUACCCCUAUCCAAGCACUGCCUUUCGCUUACAAUUCUCCGUAAUCUUUCUCCCGUUUCUAUAGAAGCCCGAAAAAGAAAGGACAAUUUUUGAAAGAGAACAGAAGAAUAAUGUUGGUUGCCAAAACAUGGAUCUUUUUAGCGGUGCUUUUGGUUUUGGUGAGUUUGGAUCUGUGUUUCGCGAGUGGAUCCGGUAUGUCGCCGGCUAACGGGGACCAUGGGCAUCAUCAUCAUUGUGAUCAUGGGCAUGGGCAUGGGCAUGGGCAUGACCACCACCAUCACCAUGAUCAUGACCAUCAUCAGCACCACCAUGUGGUGGAGGAGAAGAAGAAGAAGAAGAUGAUGGUGAUGUUGCCGGAGGAGUUGGCUGAGGAGGAAGACAUGAAAUUGUACGGAUUUGGGCCCUACCGAGAUGAUCACGAUCAUCAAGUCCUCUCCGGUUUUGGUCUUUGGUUACGUGCACUGGGAUGCUCACUCUUAGUAAGCUUGGCUUCCCUUAUUUGCCUGAUUAUUUUACCUGUGAUAUUUAUACAAGGAAAACCAUCCAAGGCAGUUGUUGAUUCAUUGGCAUUAUUUGGGGCAGGAGCUAUGUUGGGAGAUGCUUUUCUUCAUCAGUUGCCACAUGCUUUUGGUGGUGAGCACUCCCACUCACAUGAUGACCAUGUGGAUGAUGCUCAUCAUUCUCAUUCUGGGCCUGAUCAUAUGCAUGGACACUCUUUAAAAGAUCUUUCUGUGGGUUUGUCCAUACUUGCUGGGAUAGUAAUGUUUCUUCUUGUGGAAAAGGUGGUAAGAUAUGUUGAAGAAAACUCUGAAGAGGCUAGCCAUGGUCAUCACCACCAUCAUCACAAGAGCAAUAAAAAAUUGAAAAAUGAUGAUGAUGUUCAUCAAAACCAUUCACAAUCACUAGAUGACAGAUCAGAUGACCCUUUGAAUGGAGAUAAUACAACUCAGCAUGAAAUUCGAAAGAGAAAGACUUCUCCUGGUCCUAGUGAUGAUAAAUCAGAUAUAGAUCCUGCAGAUGGCUGUGCAAAUAGCGUUAAAACCUUGGUACAGAAGGAAACUUCUCAAUCACCAUCAAACCUGGUGUUUGGCUAUCUCAAUCUUUUCUCUGAUGGUGUUCACAAUUUUACUGAUGGAAUGGCUCUAGGAAGUGCUUUUUUGCUUUAUGGAUCAGUUGGUGGGUGGUCCAGAACUCUAUUUUUGCUUGCACAUGAACUUCCCCAAGAGGUAGGUGAUUUUGGUAUAUUGGUGAGAUCUGGUUUCAGUGUUUCAAAAGCGCUGUUCUUUAACUUUCUUUCAGCGCUGGUGGCACUAGCAGGAACUGGUGUGGCUUUGCUUUUGGGACAAGAUCCUGGACAGUCAUCUUUGAUUGAGGGGUUUACAGCUGGUGGAUUUAUAUACAUUGCUGUUGGUGGAGUGCUUGCAGAAAUGAAUAGCAAUAGCAACUCAACAUUGAAAAGUACCAUAGUGCAAUUAAUCUCACUAACAUUUGGCAUGGCUGUUGCCCUUUUUAUUUCACUUGUAGAAUAAAGUUCAUUCAAGAGUUACUUUUUGUUCACGUACCUCAAAGCGCGUGCACGAAGGAUCAAAUCCCAGCUUUCUGUCAACCCUGUUUCCUGAUAGUAUUUGAGAGGUAAACUACCCACUGUUUUUAUCUCAGAAUUAGGAGAGAAGGAUAAAUGCUUACAGCUUACGCCUCUACCUGACAUUUAGGACAAAUUCAUCACUCUCCCUGACCCUUAGGUGAAAACUACAUUUCUCUCUCUAUCUCUUUCUGUUGUAUGGCAUUUUUUUUAUUGACUGGUAACGUUGAAUGCUAUAGUUCUUUUGGCUCUUUUUUAUGUAGUGGGAGUGCUUUUUGUCUUAGACUGUAACUGGUUAGAAGGAAAGAGUUGUGAUUCA